CCUUGCACGGCUUUUACAGUGAGGGUGAGUGCAAACGAUACAUCAAUAUGAGAUAUCAAACGGAGGCUUAGAUGUUCCCUCUAAGUGGCUGCUCAUUUCCUGGAGCCAUAACAUGGGCUAAAGGUUAACUUGCCCAUUCUCCGUGGAGGAACAAUUUUUUUUAGGGGUGGGAGAAGAAUGGAAGAGUGCUGUUCCGUAUUCUGUCCUACCUAGAGAGAGAGAGAGAGAGAGAGAGAGAGAGACUGGCUGACUAAAUGUAGGCAGCCAGUGAUUUUUGUUCAGAUUUUGUUUUUUCCUCUCCCCCUGUUGGAUUGUUUUGCUAAUCAGACUUCAGUGCAGCGAAGAUAAAAGACGGAGAAUCUGUUGCCUAGAUAGGAGGCUUGAGUGAGCAGCUGCGCCCCUGGGGACAGCAAGCUGAAGUCGAAGGCUGCUGCUUUCCGGUCUCUUGCCAUUUCUUCACUUGUUCCUUCGCCUCGUUUUUCCAAUGGGCCUAAGCAAACGGGAACUGUCCAAGGUGCUAGAAUGCUGCUUGCUUGGCUGCUGAACGCAAACGGAUUGCAGAAAAAGAGGAGCACCAGGUUACUGCUCAUAGCCGAAGGUAGGCUUGCUCUUUGUUUGAGAAUCCCUGAUUAAUCAACAACAGCAUCAACAGAGAGGGAGAGAGAGCGCCUGCCUGUAGUCACGGGGAGAGAGCGAGAGAGACUGUUUCAGACCUUCAGUGUCUAGGUGGCAAUGAGAGCGAGCGAGCAUCGUUUUCUGCUGCGAGAAGCCAUUUGGAUAGGAUGCUUUCCAGCCCUUCUUUUCCUUUCUUUUGGUCUCCACAGCAUCCACUCCAAUGAGGCACCUUAGCCACUUCUCUGUCGUCGCAUGUGCUGGUGCUGUAAUCUUCUAUGUGGUGAAGUGGGUAAAAAAAUCCUCCUAUUUCUUUUUUGUUGGACUUCAAAGCAGGGUACCCUUGGUGCCCCCCUGAUACUCUUCCUCUUCUUUCUCUGAAUGUGGAUUUAAGAUGUCAGAUCCCAUCUUUCCCCCCACUCCAUUUUUGAAAGUCAAACUUUAAAAGGCUUUUUUUAAUCCUAGACGGAGAAUCUCGCUCUCUUUAAUGGAACACACUGACUUCUAGAGAUGCAGAAUUCUACAAGCUGGACAUUUUUGCCAAGAAGAUCUCAAGCACUUUAACUGAAGAAAAACUGAGCCAAUCUGCAAAAUCUGUUUUUUAUGGUGCUGAAAUAUCCCUUCAGACUGCACUGAGAUAAACCAUAGGAAAGGGCUUUUACAGACAAAAGUCACCUUUAAUUAUUGCACUUAGCAGUCCCCCUGAGGACUUUAAUUUUGCCCACAGGAAGUGUUUUCCUCUGUAUAUUAUAACCCACAAGAUGAUGAGUUCUAAUCAGGAGGAGGUCACUCUGGGCACUUUUCUCCAAUAUAUUGAAGAUAUGGGCAUGAAGGCCUAUGACGGUUUGGUUAUACAGAAUGCUUCUGACAUUGCUCGAGAGAACGAUCGCAUGAGGAAUGAAACAAACCUGGCUUACUUGAAAGAAAAGAAUGAAAAGCGCCGAAAACAAGAAGAAGCAAUAAAACGCUUAGGUGGUGAAGUGGUGAGAGGAAAUGAAGGAAGCUACGUGGGUAAACAUUUCCGCAUGGGAUUUAUGACAAUGCCCGCUCCUCAGGACAGACUGCCACAUCCUUGCUCUAGUGGCUUUACUGUGAGAUCCCAGUCUCUUCAUUCUGUUGGAGGUACCGAUGAUGAAAGCAGUAGCUGCUCUCGCAAGCAACCACCCCCCAAACCUAAACGAGACCCUAAUACCAAACUAAGCACAUCCUCCGAAACUGUAAAUGCUGGAACAACGAGCAAGAGUGGAAAGCUUCCGGACAGGACAGAAGUGUCAGGCAAACCAAGGCCUCACAGCGAUGAAUACACCAAGAAGGUUCCUCCUCCUAAGCCGAAACGAAAUCCAAACACUCAGCUAAGUGCAUCUUUUGAUGAGGCGUACAUCAAAAAGCAUGGACCCACAAAGUCGACACUAAGUAGGGAUUCCUCCUUAUCGCAAGUCAGCAGUCCUGCACCAGAUACAGAGGAAGAAGAGCCUGUUUAUAUUGAAAUGGUUGGGAAUAUCCUAAGAGACUUCAAAAAAGAUGAGGAGGACCAAAGUGAGGCAGUAUAUGAGGAAAUGAAAUACCCAAUUUUCGAUGACGGAGGCCAAGAUUCAAAGUGUCCAUGUGAGUAUGACCAUCACAGCUGUUCUUCUCAGUGUGCUACUCCCACAGUGCCUGACCUUGACUUCACUAAGUCCUCAGUGCCAUCCACUCCCAAGGGUGUGCUUUGUGAUAUCCCUCCACCAUUUCCAAAUUUGCUUUCUCAUAGACCUCCACUCCUGGUAUUCCCGCCUGCACCAGUGCAAUGUUCCCCAAAUUCUGAUGAAUCUCCUCUAACACCACUGGAAGUCACAAAGCUUCCAGUGUUAGAAAAUGUGUCUUAUAUCAAACAGCAAGCUGGAGCUUCUCCAUCUUCACUGCCACCUCAUACGCCAAGUCAUCAAAAACUGGAGAAAGACCAGACAGCAUCUCAUGGAACUAGUACUCCAGGGCACUCCUCUUCGCCUCCUCAUCCUUCUACCUUAUACAGAACACAGUCUCCACAUGGCUAUCCUAAAAGCCAUUCUGCCUCUCCCUCUCCUGUGAAUAUGGGUCGGUCACUUACCCCCUUAAGUCUCAAAAGACCUCCUCCUUAUGACUCUGUACAUUCAGGAAGUCUCUCAAGAAGUUCUCCAUCAGUGCCUCAUUCUACAGCCAGAAACAUAUUGCAAGAAGGGGGGAAAAUGGUAAACACCUCUGUCAAUACCUACGGGUCGUCAUCCUCACAGAGCGGUUCACGUUCCAGAACACCUACCAGUCCCCUAGAGGAAUUAACCAGCCUUUUUACCUCUGGACGAAGUUUACUGAGGAAAUCCUCCAGUGGAAGAAGAUCUAAAGAGCCUGCAGAAAAACCAUUAGAUGAACUGAAGAUCAGGAGCCACAGCACUGAACCACUACCAAAGCUGGAAAACAAAGAGAGAGGAGGUCACCAUGGGACAUCUUCCUCCAGAGAGCCAAUCAAAGCUCAGGAAUGGGAUGGGACACCAGGACCACCAGUUACAACUAGUAGACUAGGAAGAUCUUCUGUUAGUCCAACCAUGUUGGCAGGAAGUAACAGCUCAGUGCUACUCCUCUGCUGGUCCCAGAACACCAGAGACAAAAUAGAACCGAAAGCAAGCUGCAGAUUAGGGCGAUCUGCAUCCACAUCAGGUGUGCCUCCUCCCUCCGUUACUCCUCUCAGGCAAGCCAGCAAUCUGCAACCGAGCCAGGUGACAUGUAUGCAGUGGAUACAUGGAGACCAUACAAUGCUGGAAAUGAUUGAGAAAAAGCGUUGCCUGUGCAAAGAAAUCAAGGCUCGGCAGAAAUCUGAGAAAGGACUUUGCAAGCAAGACAGCAUGCCUAUACUGCCAAGUUGGAAGAAGAGCACCGGGACCAAGAAAUACAGCCCCCCACCAUAUUCCAAACAACAAACUGUCUUCUGGGAUACCGCAAUAUGAUAUGACUGAGCAUGAGGAUGAUCUCCUGCAAAUGUGCUGCAGCAUGCAGCACUGUCAGCCUAUCUUCCUACUAAGGCAAUGGCUGGGACUUACUUUCAGGUAAAGAACUAUCUCGAAUGAUGCUUCCUGGAGUGGUACCCACCAGUUGAUCAAAAGAAAAAUCUAUGUCUCCCACUGAAUGAAGGCAUGAAUAUUUUUGAGGAUUCUUUUGGAUCCAGAAAAACAGUAAAAUGUAAAUACUUCACCAAUCUUUUUUUAAACAAAAACCUUGAGUUAAUAUGCUGUUCAAAAUAUAAUGCAAAAAUGUAUGGAGAAUUUUACUCAUAUACUGUUUUGACUGUUUUCUCUGUGUUACCUUUAUGCUUAAAAAUAAUAAUUUAUAAUUAUCUCACCUGCCUAAAUGUGGUGUCUUUAGAAAAGCAUGUGGUUGUACAUUUUUGGUUUAACAGUAAAAUGUUCAGAUCAAACCGGUGCUAGGACUGUAGAAGUUAAAUACCCAUAUUAUCCAUCAGAAGUAUUUUCUGUCACCUGUUUUUGACAGGUGGUGGGCAGAACUGUCAACAAUGCAGGUAAAGGGAUAUUUACUGAGGUGUCCAAAUUCCAUUAACAAAGUUGUUCUGACAGUUUUCUUUAAGUUGCUAUUAUAGAAAUAAUCUAUUAUUUCAAUACAAAUGAGUGCUAUCUACAAAAGACAGCUGCUGUGCAACCUUCCAUGUAAACCUCACUGAAAUGUCUGGAGGUUGUACACCAGUGCUUGAUGGAUUGCACCAGGAGCCCUGAUCCAAAGAUCCUUGUGAGCAGAAGCUGUGCAAGGAUCUUUCCCAUCAAAUAGUGCUGACCAUCUCUUGGAGGGAAUUGGAAGGGAGGAGAGGGUGCCUGGAAUUUAUCCCACACCCUCCCAGAUAGGAAUACUGUCAGAGCUGACAACUCUGCUUAAAAGUUAAGUUCAGCAAUAUACAAGGAGUGCAGGAGCACUGUGUGAUUACCAGUGGGGGACAAAGAUAUGGGGGGUCAUUUAACCUACUGGCCAACAUGCUUUGGUGUGCUUUGGGAGGGGGAAUUUAGCUCACAGAAAUAAAGGCUUAUGUGCAUGGACUACUGUACUGGAUCAGGAAGAAUGUCUUGAGUAAUUCUGAUAAACUGGGUUAGCAAAACAUGUAAAUUUGCUGAAGAAAGGUUAUCUACAGUGGAUAACUCUUCCUUCUUCUAUUCAGAUGAUUUGUGGAGACCAGGGUUCACUGUGACUAAAGACUGUACAUCACAUGAUUAAGUUCUUCUCCAUUCAUUGAGCAGGUUUAAAAUGGUGGCCACACAGCCAUAAUUCCUGUCCUCAUUCGUCUUUGGUACCUGAAAGCAAAGGUAACAAAAUCUGUUCACAUUGUUCACAUUACUUUUUAUAAUAUAUUGUAUUAUGUGUUCAGUUAGAAUGAAUUAGUGUUAGUCUCACUAAAGUCAAUGGGAAAGAUUGACUUCAUCUUGGAAAGUUUGACCCUUUGGAUUGGGUCUGUAGAGCACAUUUCUCUCAAGUAACCAUUAUCGUAUUCCUGGUUGAUCCUGUAAUUGGGUCAUAGUCCUCUGUGACAUCACACCCAUCUUACUCGACUAUAAUGUCAUGACCAAAGAAUUAUGACCUCUUGGUUUUAACAGGAGAAAGAGAUGGUUUAUAUGCUGUACAUGAGGGUGAGAUCUGUGCAUUAAAGUAUCUUCCAGAAGGCACUGUGUAGGGUAAGAUAAAAGAAAUCCAUAUUGCCGUAGAGUUGAUGUGAUCACAUAUAUUUUGUAUAUUUAAAUCUUUAUCUAUGCUUCUAAAAGUUUGGCAGCAUGAAAGGUUCCUCUUUUAACAAUCAUUUUAAGAAUAUUAUAUUCUCUGAGAAGAAAAAAAUGUGUCGUCUGAAUUUAUUGUCAUAUUGGCUUUUCUUUUAAAAUGAUAUUGACAGCAAUGCCGCAAGUGCAAUUGCUGAUCAAUAAGACCAAAAAUAAAACAAAAUUUUAGUAGCUUAUUUUGUAAUCUAUAUUGCUAAAAUUGAUUAUUACUUUAUCAAUAGUAGUUUCUUUCCAGACGGAAAUAAAAAUAAAGUUUUUAAAUAUUUUAUAACUGAUGUAUAUUUUGAUGUCCAAAUUGAUGAUUGCUGUAUAAGAUUUAAAAAAGAAGUGUGGGGGUUUAUAAGUGUGUAUAGUAGUUAUUUAAAUAUCAUCAUUAUGUUUUAUCAACAGCACAGACAGACAAAUCCAUAUGUGCAUACUGACACAUGUGCAUAUGCAACAGCUGGACUGGAUAUGUGGGACAGUCGCUAAUGUGCAGGUGCUCCCACAGCCCAAGUCAAAAAAUAAAUUGUAAGGAUGUUCAGAGAACUCUUGAAUUCCUGAAAAGCAAGUGUUCUAUGCAAAAGCAAACACCAUUCCAUUUUUGACAAAGAAAAUGUUGAAAUAGAUACUUGGAAGAUCUUUCAGAAUUGCCAGUUCUUGAAGAUCUGGCUGAAUGGAGUUUCAUAAGAUAUGUGGUAGUUGUCCUGGGAGUUGUCCUUACUGUGUUUCUCUUUUUCUCCUUUUAAUUGCAACUGCACUGUACAGAGAUGUUGCUGAGCUUUUUAAUUCCUUGGCUCAGAAUAUAGAAUUUAGUGACUUGUUAAGUUUGCCGCAAAUAUCAAAGGAGGUUUAUGGUGCCCAACAGUACUUCCAGUUACUGCUGCUGGUGUCUAUCUAUGUUUCUGUUUAGAUUGUGAGCCCUUUGGGGACAGGGAGCCAUCUUAUUCAUUUAUGAUUUCUCUAUGUAAACCACUUUGGAAACUUUUGUUGAAAAGUGAUAUAUAAAUAUUUGUUGUUGUUCUCUGUGGUAGGGAAGAACUCAGCUUCUCCCUCCUACUGACUCACCCACCUGCAGGCCUCCAAUCCCUCCCUUGCACAUGUGAACACUUCUUCAACCACUCUCUCAACCACCUGUCCACUUACCUUGCUCCCCCAGCAGGAGAAAGGGAGGGAGGCCACCCUCUCCCUUUCUUCCUGUGUCUGGUGCUGGCAUUGCAGCAAGCCGUGUUCCAUGAACACUGGGAAAACUAUAACCCCUUUCUCAUGAUCAGGAGAAAGGGCUCAAAAGGGGCGAGGGGAGGAAGCCUCAAAAUGCUUACCUCCCCUGCAGACGAUCUCCCUAGGCAGCGGAUCACCCACCCAGAAGACUGUUGGCUGCUCCUGGCAGCAUGAAGGUUUGGGGCCUGGGAGGUUCCUGGAACUCCCAUAAUGCACUGCGUGAGUGCAUGGUGCAUUAUGGGGAUUUUGUUGAUGCUGGCCGGGAGGCUGCUGGUGUGUGGGUGCCUCAUGGAGCUGUGUAGCACUGACGCAUGAUCAGUUAGCCCGGAUUUAGGGCACCCUUGUGCCCUUAACCCUGACUAAGUGGAACACCACUACCAGAAGCCACAGUUCCCACCAAUUUACACAUGCGGUUCCCAGCAGAUUACACGUGCAGAAACGAUUGGACUUAAGCAGUCAAGCCCAGUCUUUGCUGCACAUGUGAAAAGCCUCUACAUUUCCCAGCAGUCCUGACUCUUGGCUCACAGCUGUGCCAACAUCAGGCACCAGAGUAAGAGAGACAGUCCUCCUUCCAUUCCUCUCCCCCACUAUCAGAGCCACAGAAGCCAUAAAGUGUAGAUAUACUGAAACACUUUAUGCUAUAUAACCAUUUAAGAAAAGGUUGACCAGUUGGCAGCUAGGAAACCAGAUGCAGCCCUGAAGGAGUAUUGUCUGGACGAGGUAGCACUAUCAUUUUAGAACACUUGUAGUGCUAUCUCAGGUACAUUCUGGAGAGGCAAAAGACCACUGCCUAUCUGCCUCUCAAAGGCAACUUUCAGGAAGCACAUUCGUUUUUCAGCUCCCCCAAGCAAUAGCCUCAUACCACCCAAGCUCAUACGUGCCAUAUCUGAGAAGUUCUUACUGCUAAAUGAUACUGCUUUUUAUAAGUUCCUAAUAAUUCAUGAGGAGAGUAGACUGCUCUGGUCCCCCAAAAUAGUACCUGCAACAUGAGGUAAUCUGCUGACGAGGAAAUACGGCAACAAAAAGAUUGCAACAACAAAUGUGGGAGUUUGGAAUGCAAACUUUCCCUACUCACAAGGUCUAGCCCUGUUUCAGUUGACAAGGCUAAUCAUCUCUGGCAGGAAAUUACAUACCAGUCAUCAUUUCUAGUUAAGGAGAGGAGCUGCUAGGCCUUUCCUCUAUGGGAGGGAGCCCUUCCUGCCAUCUGUUAACCCCUUCCUUUUCUGCAAGGUAAGGUUGUUUUUCAGUUGGAAACAGCGCCACACUUCACCCAUUUGGGCUCUUCAAGCAUCCCAGUUAAAUGCUCAAUUUUUAAAUUGUUUUAUUAUUAUUGUUUUAGUGUUUGACAGGAACAAAAUGCUCAAAUAAUUGUCUGGGCAAACUGAGGGUGGAGUAGCACAUCACUGCUGAAAUAAUUGCAAUUGUUUAUUUCUCAUUUCAGAGGUGGCAUUUCACCCUGAAAAAUCCACUACAACCAAAUGCUAUUUAAACAUUUUCUAUCUUCUAUACUUUUUCCAUAGGUGGAGAAUGACAGGAGUUAGCAAUGUGAGCUCAUGAGUAGCUGUAUUUAAAUAUGCAAUCUGUAUAACAUCCAGGUCACACUUAUAUACCCACACACUUAUACCAACUGUAUAUAGAAAAAUGUUUGGUAUGCACUUAACUUUGCUUUAAAUUUUUAAAGUUUAAACAUUCUAGUGUAGCAAUUUGUGUCAAGUGCACUGUGAUUUCAAGAAAGCACAGUAAGGUCACAGGUCUUGUUCAUUCUUGCACUAAACUUGUGUUUACGUAUAUUAGCAAACGUAUGUUUACUUUAUUGCUCUCUCUUUUUUAAAAUGUUAAGCUGACGGUAUUAAAUAGUAUGUUUUUUUAAGCAGCCAAUGGCACUACAUUUUUAAGCGACAGGGUUUUUAAAUGAGAUGAAACCAUAACAUGUUCAUUCCAAUGUAAUAUGUUUACCAAUAUUUUAAAACUGAAUGUCAUAUUGCUUUUUUCAUAUUUCAUUAGAAAUGUCAUGUAUGUGCCUGAAAUGUGUACGAUGUAGAUAGAUUAUAACUGUAAUCAUAUAUUAGCCAUUUCUAUAUACACAAUAUGAAUACAUAUUAAUUUCUUUUCAUUUUUGUACUUGAUUUUUAUUUCAGUAAGAUGUAAUUAAAUGUACUUUGAUACUUCUGAAGUAAUAAGAUGUUGUUUGAAGAUCACUUUUGUUUUCUUUAGUGCAUUGACAAUAUUUUACAAUAACUUAGUGCUUAUUUAUUUGUGUGCCAGUGUAAUUAUAAUAAAAGCAAUAGUAUAAAUAUUCAGCCUUUUAGCUCUGAUUAAUGAUGUCAAAAAUCAAACUGGGUUGUCUGGCAGGAGCUUAAAAAGGGAAUAAAGCCUUUUGCAUAUAUCUAAA